AGAGAGGACAGAGUCAAGUGCUCUUUAGUCACGCAGCUGUCAUUCGAGUACACAAAACCCACAAAUCCCAAUUCCCUCCUCAUAUACAGCAAAUCAGAGUUUGCAACUGUCGGAUACCUUUUCCCACUUUCUCUCUCCACCACCUUAUUACUUACACUACUACCUCUCUCUCUCUCUCUCUCUCUAUCCCCCUAAGCUCCACCUCCGCCGCCACCAACUCCUAUUGUGCAUUGCGAUGGAUGGAUCACUUUCAAUGCCGCUCUAAGAUAAUGCCAGAAUUCGCGAUCGAUCGACGAUCGGAUUGAUUAUUGAGUUCGCUCGCCGGCGAUGGCUCACCACCAGCAUUACCGAUCGCCGUUCGGCGACACCACUCUCACUAAGGUUUUUGUCGGAGGCCUCGCCUGGGAAACUCCGACCGACGUAAUGCGCGGCUACUUCGACCAGUUCGGAGAUAUCCUAGAGGCUGUCAUUAUCACGGACAAGAACACCGGCAAAUCCAAGGGUUAUGGAUUUGUGACGUUUCAAGAUCCCGAGUCAGCCCGGCGAGCUUGUGCCGAUCCGAAUCCUAUGAUCGAUGGGAGAAGAGCCAAUUGUAAUAUUGCUUCGUUGGGACGGCCUCGACCAUCUCCUCCUAGAGGUAGAAAUCAAGUUGCCAAUGUAUAUCAAGGAAGUGGAAUAGCACAAGGCGGAAUGUCGUCGUAUCUGCCGUUGCCGCCGCCACCUCCUCCGCCACCAGUGCCGCCGCAUCCGCCCCUCAUUUAUCCACCAUACGGGUACACAAGCUAUUCACCCGAUUAUGCUUACCAGCAGCAGACAAUGUACAAUCCACAUAUGCAGCAAUCCCAGUACUACAAUCAGCUAUAUGGGACUUCAUCUUCUGCAUUGGGCUCACCUUAUUACUAUGGGUACGCACCCAGGGGAGCAUUUUCCAUGCCCGCGGCGCAACGUAUGCCGGGACCGUCUUAUCUUUACUAUCCUGCGCAGGUGGAGGGCACUUCUCUAACUUAUCCUCCUACCCCUCACCCUCUUCCUUCAUUACAACCAAUAAGGCAUUCGCUUCCAUCUCCCUCGGAUUCAUUGGCUCCUAAUCAGACAUCAACGGAAACAGAAGCGGGGCCAGCUACUUCAACAAGUUCAACUGCUUAAGACAGAAACCUUGAACUAAAUUUUUUAAAUUAAAAAGGUGUUUAUUGUACAAUAUUGGAAAAUUAAUCGAUAUUCCUUUUUUUCCCUCUCAAUAAAAAUCUCAUUUAUGUAACCAUUCAUUUUCCCCCCUUUUAUCUGUUUUAGGGGUCGAUCAUUCAUAUUAACAAACAAUUCUUAUUAACGAAGGCUUUCUCAUUCAA